AUGGCCGAGUCCAGAUCCGACUAUCUCGCCCAGCUGCCGUCGACAUGUUGCAUUGGCGGCUCCAUACACGAGGGCACGCCAAUCGGCAGCGAGGAGCAGGUGGCCGGCAUCACGACUUACGUCGCACGGCCGCCCACCGGUGUCACGGCUAACGGCAACGUCGUCUUCUUCCUCCCGGAUAUCUGGGGCCUUGCCAACAACAGCAAGCUGCUCAUAGACGGCUUUGCAGCUGCCGGAUAUGUUGCCCUUGGCAUGGACUACUUUCGCGGGGACCCCAUUUCCAAGUACCGCAGCUCUCACGACGCGAAGCCGCCUCCGGACUUUGAUAUGGAAGCCUGGCGCGUCAAGCACUUCUCGUUUGCCACGGACAAUGUGCCCGUGUGGGUCGAUGCGGCCAAGACGAUCUAUGGCACGACCGGUUCGCGAUACGGCUGCGUGGGCUACUGCUUUGGCGCGCCAUUUGUGGCCAACCUGCUUGCCGGCGACGCCGUCUCUGCUGGGGCCGUGGCUCACCCGACGCAGCUGAAGGAGGGACACUUUCGCGCUGUGAAGAAGCCUCUAUUUCUCUCGUGCGCCGAGCACGACCGUGCCUUUGGUCCAGAGCCGCGCCGCAGAGCCAUUGACAUCCUGCAGGAGACCAAGGUGUCCUACCAUCUGCAGCUGUUCUGCAACGUCAACCACGGCUUUGCUUCGCGCGGAAACCUGACUGAUCUCUACGAAAAAUGGGUCAAGGAGCAAAGCCAUCGUGGCAUUACUGACUGGUUCAACUUCUGGUUGUCGCAGAACUGA